AUGGCACGGGCAUCGAAGCCGUACGGCCGACCUUCUCGUCUGCGAGGCUCGGACGGCGAAUGGCUGCACGACAAGGCCCCAGAAAUGCCUCCUGCCGUCCUCAACAGUUCAGCCUCCACAAAGCUCAUGAUCUCGAACCUGCAUUACGAGCUGACGGCCAAAGACCUCACUCAAAUCUUUGGACAAGUUGGCACGCUCGUUCGUGAGCCACUGAUCAGGUACGACCGCAGCGGCCGGUCGUCCGGCGUCGCUAUCGUGUCAUUCGAGACGGAAGCUGAGGCCGCGGCGGCGAAGAACCGGUUCGACAAGAAGCUCGCCAAGGGCCAGCCGAUGUCAAUCGAGUUCUAUCAACCUCAACCACCGCGCAGGCCGACGCGGAGGGGCCAGAGCGCUCCUCCGUCGUUGAUCCAUCGAAUCGAAAAGGCUCCGCUGUUGGACCGCCUCAGCAAGGAUGAGCCAAAACGACAACAGGCGCCUGCAACCGGACCGGGCCCAGUGAGGACGAGAGCUCGAGGGGCUGCCAAACCCGCGAGGGUACCCAAGAAGGCGAAGACCGCGGAGGAGCUGGACUUCGAGUUAGAUGCUUUCAUGAAGGAUGAUACAAAGCCAGCUGAAGCACCUGCGGCGGCGCCGGCGACGGUUGCAGAGGAGGAAGGCGACGUUGAGAUGGCUUGA